AUGGCAGAAGAACUGAAAAAGGAACAAGACACCAAUGCUCAUUUGGAAAGAAUGAAAAAGAAUCUGGAGCAGACUGUGAAAGAUCUGCAACUCCGUCUGGAUGAGGCAGAGCAGCUGGCUAUGAAAGGUGGAAAGAAACAGCUCCAGAAACUGGAGGCGAGGGUACGUGAGCUUGAGAAUGAACUCGAAGCUGAGCAAAAACGAUGUGCAGAGGCAAUUAAAGGUUUGCGUAAAUUUGAAAGGAAGGUCAAAGAGCUCCUAUAUCAGACUGAAGAAGACAGAAAAAAUAAUCUGCGCCUUCAGGACCUAGUUGACAAACUGCAACUGAAAGUUAAAACCUUUAAGAGGCAGUCUGAAGAGGCUGAGGAGCAAUCCAAUGUGCACUUAUCUAAAUUUAGGAAGGUACAACAUGAAUUGGAGGAAGCAGAGGAACGUGCUGAUAUUGCAGAAUCCCAGGUCAACAAACUCAGGGCUAAAAGUCGUGAUUUUGUAAGCAAGAAAGGGCUAGAAAGUGAAGAGUGA